CCUAGGGUUGCGCAGGUCGCUCCAGAGGCCAUCGCAUUUCCUCCCAAAACCCUAGGAAAGCAGGAAACCCUCUCUCCCCAAAGGAGCACCACUUUGGAGAUUGUUCUUCCUCUCCGUUGCAGCUUAUAUACGAUCCUGUUCUGAUUCCCCUAGGAUUCGAAGCUUGUAGGAAAGGUGUAACGAUGAGUAAGCUUCAGAGUGAUGCCUUGAGGGAGGCUAUCAGCCAGGUUGUUGGUGAUGCCAAGGAGAAGAACCGCAAGUUUACGGAGACCAUUGAGCUCCAAAUUGGGCUGAAGAACUAUGACCCGCAGAAGGACAAGCGUUUCAGUGGCUCUGUGAAGUUGCCUCAUAUUCCCCGCCCUAAAAUGAAAGUCUGCAUGCUUGGGGAUGCACAGCAUGUUGAAGAGGCAGAGAAGAUAGGGUUAGAUUACAUGGAUGUGGAAGGGUUGAAGAAGAUGAACAAAAAUAAAAAGUUGGUGAAGAAGCUUGCAAAGAAAUACCAUGCCUUCCUUGCUUCCGAGGCCAUUAUCAAGCAGAUUCCGAGGCUUCUUGGCCCAGGUCUCAACAAGGCAGGUAAGUUUCCAACUCUAGUUUCCCACCAGGAGUCCUUGGAAUCAAAGGUAAACGAGACCAAAGCAAUGGUCAAGUUCCAGCUCAAGAAGGUCCUCUGCAUGGGGGUUGCUGUGGGGAACUGCGGCAUGGAGGAGAAGCAAGUUUUCCAAAAUGUGCAGCUCAGCGUCAAUUUCCUUGUCUCACUAUUGAAGAAGAACUGGCAGAAUGUGCGGUGCUUGUAUCUGAAGAGUACAAUGGGAAAGACAUACAGAGUCUUCUGAAAGCUCAACAUCAGUUGUUGGUAUCGUUGUAGUAAUGGUGCAAGUGAGAACAACGUGGUGCACUCAUUUCCAGUAAGGCACCUUUUUGGAUGCUUCCCCCUUUCUUUUCUCUGCUUCAGAGCAGGGCAGUUUUAUUUUGCGGUUCUUGUUUGGUGGUGGUUUUAGUUUUAAAAUGGGAGUUAUAUGUUGAGGUGAAUUCAUGUUUGCGAAGCAGAAUUUUUGACAAUUUUGAUAUUUUAUUUCGAGCUGGUUCUGGUUUUUGGA